UGAUGAAGCCUCAACUACCCAAACACACUGAUCACAAAAUGCAACUACCCUUCCUUCCUUACUCCCUCCCUCAAAUCUCUCUUCACUUUCUCUCUCUAAACUUCAAACUUCAACAAUGGCGGUUUCACUUCCACCAUCACACUACUCCCCACUUGAAGAACAGUGGUACAACCCUGAUUCAGCACAAACUGAAACCCUAAUUCUUCCAUUAAAGCAUUCUCUCCGACGCUUGAAAACCUUCCUCAGAUUCCUGGGUUUCAUCCAUGAUUCCCGUUUUUCACUUUCUCUAUCCUCCUUCUCUUUUCUGUUAUUCGGCAUCGCCGCCCCUUCGCUCAUCAUCGUCUUCUUCUACUGCGGCUCCGGCUCUGCUUCUGCCUCCGCCUGCCGGAAGUAUCACAUUAAGGGUUUUGAGCUCGAGACGCUCUUUUUUCAGGCCACCGCCGCCGCAGUAUCUCUCCUCUGUUUUUCCUUGAAUUUCAGAAAAUAUGGGCUCAGGGUCUUUCUUUUUGUUGAUAAUUAUCAACAAAAUGUUGAUCGUUUUCAGUUUGAGUAUAUCCCCAAAAUUGAUAACUUCUUUCGCUCGUUGGCCGUGUGGGUAUUGCCAUGCGUUAUUUUGAAGACGGCACGGGAGAUUGUUAGAGUUAUCUAUGUCCACAAUGAUUCACUGGUGCAAUCUAUGAUGGUUGUGUUUGUUUUGCUGGUAUCCUGGACUUACACUGCAACGGUCUAUCUGACUGGAAGCGCCUUGUUCAGUCUGGUCUGCAAUUUACAAGUUAUACACUUUGAGAAGUACAAAAAUCUUCUGGACAGGAAUUUGGAUGUAUUAGUAUAUAUCGAAGAGCACAGUCGCCUUACAUUUAACCUGUCCAAAAUAAGUCACAGAUUCCGAAUUUUUCUUAUUUUGGAGUUCUUGAUUGUAACUGCUAGUCAAAUUGUGACUCUUCUGGAAACGACAGGAAAUAACGGGACCAUCAAUUUCAUAAAUGCUGCGGAUUUUGCAAUCUCAUCCAUUGUUCAGGUGGUUGGAAUAAUUAUUUGUCUGCAUGCUGCUGCAAAAAUAUCUCACAGAGCUCAAAGUCUGGCAUCAUUUGCCAGUAGAUGGCAUGCACUACUAACAUGUCGCUCAAAUGAGACUCUAGGGGCAUCUGAAAAUGGCGGAAACUUGAAUGUUACCGGUUCAGCAGUUGCAGCAAUGAACUACCCAGAAAGUGAUAUGGACUCUGUUGAUUAUAUAUUACCACCUAUUAAUGAAGAAAUGAAUUCAAAUGUGUCUUCGUACCUCAAACGACAAGCAUUUGUCAUGUAUAUGCAGUCGAACCCCGGUGGAGUGACCAUUUUCGGAUGGACAGUGAAUAGGGCAUUUAUGGAUACAAUAUUCUGUGUUGAACUCACUGUGGUUACCUUUGUUCUUGGCAAGACACUAACAUUUACAACAAACAACACUUGAAGAAGCCUGAUAUUUGCUUGUACAAUACAUAUUCUUUCCCCUCUUAAUCGAGGCACUGACGGCCGUUUGAUGCUAGUGUCUUGUCACUUGACGAUAGAAGAAGACCUUGGCAAUUUGCAUUAAUUCUUUGGAUUCAGGUAUGUCCUUGUUUCCCGAAUUAAACAUGUCGGUCUCCCACAUGUAUUUUUAAGAACUGAUACCAUUGCUUCACAUAUCUCAAUGUCUUUGGUUUAUAGCUAGUUUGUUGCUCAUGGCACUGAACAUGGGACUAUAAGUGCUAUGAUUAAACUAGUAUUGCAUAUGCCAUCUAUGUGCUUACAAUCUCUGCAUGUUCUCUGUACUUUUUAUAUUGUUGCUGUCAAGCAUUUUUCAGGAAAGGCAGCCGCAUCCUGCUUCGCUGUGCCAACUAGGGUUGCUGUAUUGAUAGCUGCUGCUUCACUUAAAGUUUUGCCAUUCAUCUUGGUUCAAAUUUACUUCCCUGGUGAUAAAAGAAACAACCUGCAGUCCCAGAGUUUAGGCACUGUAACACAAGAUUACUUGUAGAAAUUGGAGUAUAUAUCAUCAUCGUCCAAUUUGUCUCUUUGUUGAAAGCUGAGCCAUUAUAUAUGUAGUUAAUGUUGAUGUUGGAGAUUACUUGUUAAUGUUAAUGUUAAUGUUAAUGUUGGAGCCAUUCAAGAUUACUUGUAGAAAUUUGUUGGAGUAUAAUGUUAAUGAAUUGGUUGCAACAUAUGAUCUGUUAUUCAAUGUGUUCCAUCAUUCAUGAGUA